CGGAGGCUCAAGCGCAAGCGCCCGCCCGAGGGCUGGGAUCUCAUCGAAGAGUCCAUCGAGGACUUCGAGCAGCAGAUGAAGGACGCGGUGGCCGAAGAACACGAGGGCAAACGGAAGAACGAGCUCACCUGGCGCAUCCACCGAAUCCACUGGGAGAAGAAUCGCUUCAUCUGGGACCUCCGAUACAAGCGCAAGGUCAUGGGCGACGAGCUGUACGAUUACCUCUGCAGGGAGAAGGUCGCGGACCAGGCGCUCAUCUCCAAGUGGCGCAAGCCCGGGUACGAGAACCUGUGCUCGCUCCUCUCCAUCCAGAAGGGCGACACCAACUUUGGCACUGCGUCCAUCUGCAGGGUUCCGAUGGCGUCGAGGGCGCCCCAGCAGCAGCUCACGCCAAACGUCAAGACCGGGUGCAUCUCCUGCGUCAGCGGCGAC